GGCUCGCCAUACGACACGCACACCACCGGCAUGACUGGCGCCAUCAGCUAUCACCCAUAUGGCAGCGCGGCCUACCCUUACCAGCUCAACGACCCCGCGUACCGCAAGAACGCCACGCGGGACGCCACUGCCACACUGAAAGCCUGGCUCAACGAACACCGCAAGAACCCGUACCCCACCAAGGGAGAGAAGAUCAUGCUGGCCAUCAUCACCAAGAUGACCCUCACACAGGUCUCCACUUGGUUCGCCAAUGCGCGCCGGCGCCUCAAAAAGGAGAACAAAAUGACCUGGGCCCCGAGGAACAAAAGCGAGACACUACACGCCAUGCCCAAGGCGGCUAGCGACGCGGGCAAGACGGGCUCGCAUCCCUCAGAGUCCCACUACAGGCCUCCGGGCGGCGGCUACGAGCCCAAGAAAGAUGCCAGUGAGGGCUGUGCGGUUGUUGGCGCAGGAGUCCAGCCCUACCUAUAGGAGGGCCAAGCUCAGCAGUGCAAAAUUUGGCAUGAUUUGGUUUUUUCCUUGGUCCACAGGUAGGUGUCACAAUUGCUUUGGAAAAAAAAAAGUCAGGAGGCCAUUCUCCUUCCCCAAGCUCAUAAGUAGACAGAUUCAAACCCCAGAUGUGGAAAUCCGGACCACAUUUUGUGCCACUGUAAAAGAGGAGGAUGCACACUGCACUACCAACCCACAGACACUAAAGACUGGACACACGUUGUUGGGCAUAUGUGAAUUUGUUGGCAUAGUAUAGCUUCCCCAUGUUUGUGUGACUUUUGGAAACAAUCUGUUUUUUCUCAGGAUAUCUUGAUCACUUCAUUGCCACGGUAUAUAUUCUAUAGGUGUGAUAGGACUUGCUGUAAAUUUUAUUUGUAAAAAAGAAAAUGUACACCGUAGAACUAAUGUGAUUGAAGAACUUGAGUCCUUCAGAAGUGGAAACAAAUUUGAUAUUUAUUUUUAUAAUGAUAUAAAGCUUCUAGUAAUUUAUGCAAGUUGUAUUGCAAUGAAAUCUAAAACUUUUUGUAAAUAAAUUCUGCCUGGUUUUUAUUUAACAUUGCUGGUUAUACAAUCUCUGUUGGUUGUUUAACAUGAAUUCUCUACUAAUUUAUAUCUAAAACUGUAAAUAAAAGCAAACUAGCCUACAAGUAAAUGGUGUUCAGGGCUCAUUUUUACUGGAGAGUGAUUUGGGUAGGCCUAGUGGUGGCCAUGGUUCCCCUCAUCCCUCCCCCCACCUCCAGGUGAUCCUAGCUCAGUUUUUAAAAGGAGAGCCUAGUCAGUGAAAUAAACUUCUUCCUUGAGCUUAUUUGAAAAUUGCAGACAGGAGAGAGAACAGUAUAAAUGUACAACCGGGAGAUACUCAUGGUUCCAGAUGAUUUACAUACAAAAGUGUUGCAAAAAAAUUCAGAUUUUUUGUUCUCUGAAUAUGCAAAUCCCUACUUAGUGUAAAUUUCUAAAAUGUGGGAAAAAAAUAAAAGGCUAUGUCACCUCUC